UGCUAUACUAUUUCUGCCCCUGCUAGCUAGCGGCUAGUCAAAGUGCAUGUAAUCAAACCAAAGUAGUUGCAUUAAUAACUUUAUUUAGAAGCAGGCGCAGGCAGGUGCAGUUGUACAUUUAAAAUCCCAAGCCUUGAGAUCCAGUUUCAUUCUCUGAUUUAGUGGCUAAUUGGAUACUUUCUCUGUGCCUUGACAGCACUUGUCGUCUUUACGACAGACCGUAAACUUCUUUGACWUCAGGUUGAUUCGCAUGAACGUGUGGAACGAUGGCUGAAUCUGUUGGGUUUGUUUUUCAUGUCCUCUUUCUUGUUCUCCUCAUGAUCGUCAUAAUAUGUGGAAACAGUUUGGUCAUCAUUGCUUUCAAGACCAACAAGCGCCUUCGAACCGCAACAUACACCUUCUUGGUAAGCUUGGCUGUCUCAGAUUUCCUCGUGGGCAGUGUUUCGUUGCCUCUGUGGGUCUAUCAUCUCAAAUAUUAUCCAAGCAGCGUCGAGGUUGGAUUGACCAAUUUUUACGCGUGCUUUGACAUUUUCAGUGCCUUGGCCUCGAUCUUUCAUUUGACGGGAGUCACUCUUGAACGAUGGAUUGCGAUUUGUAAACCAUUUUACUAUAACACUCUUUCCAAACGCUCAUAUCAUAUCUCAAUUUUGAUAGCGUGGUUUCUGGCGCUUGCUGUAGCGGCGCCGUAUCCAAAGAUUUAUAUACCGAAAGAAAACCUGUUUAUUGCUUUCAAGGCCUACUCUGUUAUCAUCUUCCUUAUGGGACUUGUUAUCCCUUCAGUAUUGAUAACGUUCGUAAAUCUGAGCAUUUUCAAAGUCGUGAAAUCUCUCGUGAAGACCACUCGUCAACAGCUCGAUCAAUCCUCCGAUCGGGUCUUGGACAGAAACAUUUUUCGAGAUCGUAAAACUGCAAUGACGUUGGUAUUAAUUACUACCUUAUUCUGCGUCUCUUGGACGCCUUUUUUUCUCAUCAACUUAGUCCCUAUCUAUUGUGGACAUUGCUUUUCACCGAUGCUUGGUAACGUCAAAUUCGUAUCGUGUGUGAAGUGGCUGCAUUACAGCAACAGCGCCUACAAUCCAGUUGUCUACGCUUUUCGUGAUGCGGAAAUGAGGAUGACAUUUGUACGACUGUUUAAACGUUGUGGAAGAGUUUUGAAAAGUCGACAGAAACCUAAAUCAGAGUGGGAGUUGUCUUUGAACACUGACUUCAUAUUAAGUCCGCGCUCAGUGAGUAACUAUAAUCGUAGAGCAGAUUUAUCUAUACCUUUAAAGACCAAAGUUUCAUCAGUUUAGUUCAAUAGUACUCCGUAAUUAGCAGUAGAUGAAAAAAUGUAGUACACUAUGCUAGUUUAUUUGUAUCAAAUGCCACAAUAGUUAGAUUAAUAUCCUGAGACCAUAGACACAUUUCGAAGAGUUUGCUUUAAUACUACGGCCUAAUUAACCAAUUUAUUUUAUACCUUUAUAUUCUACGAUAGACUGUAUUCUAUUUUUAUUUCAUAUAUAAAAUAUACCUUUUUCGAAUUCGCUUGUGCAACAAAAAUGUUGACUAUUGCAAAAGUGAAAAUCCUGUGAAGGCAUUAAAACACUUGAAAAACGAAGAUCAAUGUUCAAAGCUUUAGCAAAUUCUAAUUUUAUGCCUUUUAAAAUUGUUUAAAGAAUGAUUUAGACUGUACAUAUACAUAUACAAAUGGUACUGUAUAAAUGAAUUUACACCCUCCUGUCAA